UGUCUCAAGCUUCACAGAGCAAUUUGUCUCCCUCUCAGUUUGUCCAGUUUUCCGUCCUUCUCACCAUGUCUGGACACCUCUUUAUCUGACUUGGCAGCAAAGUCUCACAGGUCCUCCAGGUGGACAGUCCGUCACAGUGCUGCUGUCAUUUUGAUGCCCAGGGUUUUGUGGGUCAGUGUGAUUCUACGUGUGCAGACCUCUUAUUGCUGUUGUCUGCAGGCUAUGGAACCUCUGGCAGAGGUCCAGACUGACACAUUCAUUUACAUGAACUUCAUGAAGAGUCACUCCUGCUACGAUGCCAUCCCAACCAGCUCCAAACUGGUCGUCUUUGACACAACGCUGCAGGUGAAGAAGGCUUUCUUCGCUCUGGUGGCUAACGGCGUGAGGGCAGCGCCGCUGUGGGACAGCAAGCUUCAGUGUUUUGUAGGUAUGCUGACCAUCACUGACUUCAUUAACAUACUGCAUCGAUACUAUAAGUCUCCUCUGGUUCAGAUAUAUGAGCUUGAGGAUCACAAGAUAGAGAUGUGGAGAGAAAUCUAUCUCCAGUACUCAUUUAACAGACUAAUCAGCAUUACACCAGAGUCCAGUUUGUUUGAUGCCAUAUACUCCCUGUUAAAGAAUAAGAUCCACCGCCUGCCAGUUAUCGACCCGGCAUCAGGAAACGUCCUCCACAUCCUCACUCACAAACGCAUACUCAAGUUUCUCCACAUUUUUGGGUCUAUGAUUCCCAGACCCAGGUUUCUUCAAAGGCAAAUCCGUGAAGUGCCGAUUGGUACCUUUAAACAUAUUGCAACAAUCCAGGAAUCGGCUUCCGUCUAUGAUGCUCUGUGCCUGUUUGUGGAGAGAAGAGUGUCAGCCCUGCCUGUGGUCGAUGAACGAGGUAAAGUGGUGGCGCUGUACUCCAGAUUUGAUGUUAUUAACCUUGCAGCCCAGAAAAACUAUAACCACUUAAAUAUGACAAUGCGGGAAGUCGUUGCAUCCAGAUUCUGCUGUGUUGAGGGGGUCCUUAAGUGCUACCCUCACGAAACACUGGAGACCAUCAUCGAUCGCAUUGCACAGGCUGAGGUACAUCGGUUGGUGUUGGUUGACAGUGAUGAUGUGGUCAGAGGGAUUGUGUCUUUAUCUGACCUUCUCCAAGCCCUCGUUCUCUCUCCUGCAGGCAUUGAUGCACUGUACUCCUAAU